AUGCUGUCUUAUCUCAACCCGCUCCCAUCUCUCCCAGCAUACACCGGCCCUCACGCCGUUGGAUCAACAGAAUAUGAAAUUCCCAUAUCGUCACUCUCUCUUCCGGCUCUUCCUGAAGCUCAAGCCUCGAAGCUAAGAACACUAAAAUUUCGUCUGUUCUAUCCAACCUCACCAAAAACCGCAUCCGACUCGAGCUCUCAAGGCUAUGGCAUCCCCUGGCUCCAAGAACCUCAGAGAGCCCAUCUGAACGCAUACCUUCGGCUGUCCGGUAUGAAGCCAUGGCUUAGCGACUUCAUUCUGUCGUCUCCGUUCAGGUACUAUCUCAGCACGACACAGAUUCCGGCAUACCAUAAUGCACCGCUGCUCUGUGACGGCGCAAAGAUUCCCACUCUCAUUUUCUCACACGGUCUCGUCGGUAACAUGAACACCCACAGCGCGCUUCUUGGCGAGCUGGCAAGCUAUGGUGUGGUGUGCCUAGCCCUGGAUCACCGAGACGGCAGCGGGCCGCUCACGACGCUGCGCAAGACGGCAUCCGAGGCAAGUGGCGGCGAUGCGGCAACGGUGCCAUCGGAAGUAGGUUUGGCGAACCCGCCGAAUGUCUACUACAAGCCCAUUACCCUAAAGAUCAAGCCGGGCAUGCACGAGGCCCGAGACGAGCAGCUGAGCAUUCGCCUCUUCGAACUGAGUGCCGCGUAUCAGGCAUUGGAGAUGAUGAACGACGGUCACAGCUUUCAGAAUCUGGCAGCCGAAGGCGGACAUCCGGGGAAGAGUGGUUUGACACUCCCAAAGGGGGCUCUAGACAUGGCGCCUGGCAACGUAAUAUGGGCGGGCCAUUCGUUCGGCGGCACUUCGACCGUGCAGUUCGUCAAGUCUGUCUAUUAUUUCGGCCGGAAUGGUGACGAUGCAAGAAGUCCUUUACUGUGGCAAGACCCUUCGUCAACUCUAAAAGCACAGGUCACGCCACAUUCGCCGGUUGUGCUUCUUGAUCCGUGGUUCCUGCCGCUCAGGUCGCCCAUGACGGAGAUGUUGCUGAGAAAGCCAUUGCCAUGUCAUGAUGCGAGUGCAGAAAAUGGUAAGAACGCCGCGAGGACCGUGGUGCUCAUGUGCUCGGAGUUUGCGUAUCAUUGGCCCGAAUGCCACGCGCAUAUGCCCGUUGUAGCAGGACCGAAUCCUUCGGGUGUCAAGGUGCAGACGAUAGAGGAAUAUCGGGAAGAGUUCGCAAGGUACAAGGGCCCGAGAGAUUAUAUGAAUAAAAGUAAAGAGCAGAGAGCGAAUUACCUGGCCAGGGCGGAAUCGGAGAAGGAGUCAGACAAGGCGAGGAGGAAUAGCAGUCAGGAUUCGGAAGAGCACGUGUCGAUGUACGUGUUGCAUGACACCACGCAUGUUACCCAUUGUGAUUUUGGAAUCAUGUUUCCCUGGAUGGUGUGGUGGUUUACGGGACAGAGGAAACCCGUAUUGGCCACGAGGAAUAUCGCGCGCUGCAUAUUGGCCGAGACUGGUGUCGACAGUACUAUGCAGAUGAGGGGUGAUGCGACUGUCGAAAAGGUGCGGCUGGAGCAGGUUUCGAAGCUGUGGACGUAA